UUUUUUUUUUCUCUCUUUCACUACGCUUUAUUAUGCCAACACCUUUAGAGACUUGGUUCAACGAGAUUCCUCCCAUCACACGCAUAUAUAUUUCUGCAGCCUGUUGCACAAGUAUAGCAGUGCAAAUGGGCUUCAUACACCCUUUACAACUUUGGUUAAACUAUGAAAGUAUUGCACGCGACUUUCAGUGGUGGCGAUUGAUAACCAACUUUUUCUAUUUUGGACCAUUAUCUGUCGAUUUCUGCUUUCAUAUCUUUUUCUUGGCAAGAUAUAGUAGAAUGAUGGAAGAAGGUUUUUAUAGAAACAAACCUGCAGAUUAUGUCUGGCUUAUGUUAUUCUCAGCUAGUGUUUUACUUGUUAUAUCUGUGAUGAUUCCAUUCGCCAGUUUGCCUUUUAUGGGUUCAGCACUUUCAUUUACCAUGGUCUAUAUCUGGGCUAGAAGAAACCCAUAUGUUCGAUUGAAUUUCUUGGGUCUGGUUAUUUUUACUGCACCUUAUUUACCUUGGGUUCUUUUGAUAUUCUCAUUAUGCUUAGGAGGCCAGGUGCCUACAGGGGAUAUUUUAGGUGUCUUGGUAGGACACAUUUACUAUUUCUUUGAAGACGUUUGGCCUCGUGAUCCUAUGAGUGGUGGCAAAAAAUGGCUAGCAACACCAAGACUUAUUCGAUGGUUGGUUGAAGGAAAUAGACCUAGAGAUGAUACAGUUGAUAUCCAGGAAGAAAAUGACAGUAACGGGAUCAACAAUCAGGAAUAAGCAGUUAAAAAGUGUGUUACUUUAUCAAAAGAAAGAGCAGUUAGAAAACAAAAUACUUUGAAGCAUUUCUAUUCUCGAGAUUAUCGUUUUUCUUUUCUUUGGGAUGAUAUUCCAAGAUGUACAAUUCAAUAAAAGAAAAAGGAGUUCGAUUCAUUAUCAGCGAACAUUAAAUAUUUCGACCUAAUUAAAGAGAGUAUGGAUUUAUCAGUUAAGUUUGAUAAAAAUAAUUAAUCAAAGAAAUUAUCUCGUUCUACUUUUCUUUUCUUUUUUU